AUGGCGAUGUUCAAUCAGCAAGUUGGACUACAAGGUCUGCUGAAAGAUGGCGGUAAACACUUCUCCGGCGUGGACGAGGCCUUGUUGAAGAACAUCGAGGCCUGUAAGAACCUGGCGCAGAUCACCAAGAGUUCCUUAGGCCCAUAUGGCAUGAACAAGCUCAUUGUGAACCACUUGGGUCGGCACUUCGUCACCAGCGACACCAACACCAUCGUGACAGAGCUUGAGGUGAUGCAUCCAGCAGCCAAGCUCAUCGUGAUGGCCGCCAAGUCCCAGGAGCAGGAGUCGGGCGAUGGCACCAACUUGUGUGUCUCCUUCGGCGGAGAGCUCCUGCUGCGGGCGGAGGAGCUGCUCAAGGAAGGCAUCCAUGCCAAUGACGUCUACAAGGGCUACGAGCUUGCGAGAGACAAGGCGCUGGAAUGCCUGAACGCCCAAGUCGCUUGGUCCUGUGAGGACUUAAAAAGCGUGGAGCAGCUCACGAAGUGCGUGAAGACGGCCAUCUCUUCGAAGCAGUUGGGCUGUGAGGGUCCAUUGGCGAAGCUGGUGGCAGAGGCCUGUGUGCAAGUGAUGCCUCCCACGCCGAGCAAAUUCGAUGUGGACAACGUGAGGGUCACGAAGGUUCAGGGUGGAAACUUGAACUCUUCCUUCGUGGUGGAGGGCAUGGCCAUCGCUCGACGAAGCAGUGGCGUGGAGAACUGCAAGGAGAAGGCCAAGGUGGCCAUUUAUGCGGAAGCCUUGGAGCUCGGGAGUACGGAGACGAAGGGCACCGUCCUCCUUGAGAGUGCGGAGCAGCUCAUGAACUUUAGCAAGGGCGAGGAGCAAAAGAUGGAGGAGAUGAUCAGGGCCAUCAAGGAGGUGGGCGUGGAUGUGGUCAUCUCCGGAGGGACCAUCUCGGACAUGGCCUUGCAUUUCUUGAACAAGUACAAGAUCUUUGCCUUGAAGAUCAAUUCCAAAUUCGAGCUGCGCCGCGUCUGCCGCACCGUGGGAGCCACCUCCAUCGUCCGCUCGGGGCCGCCGCUGCCCGAAGAGUGUGGCUAUGUGGAGUCCAUCAAGGUGGAGGAGAUCUCAUCCGAGCCCUUCACCAUCAUCAAGACGCGGGACUCCAAGAUCUCCACCGUCGUGCUCCGCUCCGCUUCGCCCAAUGUCCUGGAUGAGCUGGAGCGGGCCAUCGACAAUGCGGUGAAUGUGGUGAGAUGUACCGCUCGGGAUCCGCGCUUCGUCGCGGGAGCUGGAGCCACGGAGAUCGAGCUGGCGCACCAGCUGCAGCAGUUCGGCGCGACGGUCCCGGGUUUGGAUCAGUAUGCCGUGCUGAAGUUCGCCGAGGCACUGGAAGUGGUGCCCAAGAUUUUGGCCGAGAACGCGGGGCACAGCCACGUGGACGCCAUCACGGCGCUCUACGCCGCGCAUCAGAAGGGCGAGACCGCUGCGGGGAUCGACGUGGAUGCGGGGCCAGUGUGUAACGCACUGGAGAAGGGCAUCCUGGAUCACAUGGAGACCAAACGCUGGGCGAUCCGAUUCACCUUGGAUGCUGUGCUCACCGUUUUGAAGGUGGAUCAAAUCAUCAUGGCCAAGCAGGCUGGUGGCCCCAAAGGCGGCGGCGACGGCAACCGCGACGAUGAUUGAGCGAGCUGCUGUGGGGUGACCAGCCGUCCCUCCGCGCCCCGGGCGAAAGGUGGAAGUUGAGCAGAUGGCUUUCCACCUCGACGGUUCUUUUUGGUGUGUGCCCAACCGGACCAAGUUUGCUGAGACUGUUUUGUAGAGGGCUCGCCACAGCGCUGGAGCCAAAGUCUUUCUCAGUCACCAUGCAGGGGAAUUCUAUAAGAAAACACCCGCGAGCGCAACCGCGCGCGCGCGGCCUGGCGACGCGCGUGCACCUCAAACGCAUGUGGAAGCUGACGAGGAGCAGUGCAGCCAAAGA